GCAUGUUCCACAUACCGGCACUUGCCUGCUGAAGCCGCCACACGACUCUGCUGGCUUCUGUAAUAAUAUUUGUUUGGAUACAUACAAAUAGGCGCCAGAGAGGAUGCCCCACUAGAUCUUAUUGAGCCACGGCCAACAUGUGGAAGAAUAUCUGUUGAGCAAAGUUAAAGACAACGUAAAAGAGGACAAGUCAUUCAAGAUCUCAGAGUGCGACAGAGAUGGCCAUGCACUACACUGUAUUACUGCAAUAAUAAAAAGCACUAUAAAGUGAGUAAGAAUGGCAAUACCCGGUCAUGUGAUCAUGGUCAUGAUCACCACCGCCCUUCUGCUGACAAAUAUUAUUUUGGAAACAAGGUGCUUCUCAGGUCCCGUCUUACAGGUGCACAGUGAAGAAGAACACUCUGUAUCUCCCGUCAGGGAGAAAAGGAGCGUACCAACGAACCAAUCGGAUUACCUUAUUGAUGUCGUUGUGACGGCCCCUGAUCUACAAACAUUCCAGCUGCUUCAGUCCCUGGCGAAUACCAGUUUCCCCAUAGUACUUGAUAACAGCACAGAGAUCUCUGAGAUUAUUGUCACAACAGUGUGCUCCCCAAGAGAAGCUGGCUUCCAGUGCAGAUGUGAGGAAAACUUUGCUUGGCCGUACAGCAGUUGUGUCAAGUAUGGAGCCUGUGGUGAAAUAUCCGGAGGUAUCUGUAAAUGCAUCGACCGCAUUCCGGACGAUGGCCAGUCCUGCCAGCUGAUGUCAGCGCUGCUAACUCCGGUUGAGUACACAGUGGACGUGGAGCUGAACGUUUCAGACAUUCAGAUAGUGGACCAGCUGAGGAUCCUCCUGCAGCACGGCCCUGAACUCCUGAGCUUGGGUCCCAUUGUCAACGUCACUCACAUUAACAUCACCACAGUGUGUUCCCUAAAUGGUACAAACUUCCAGUGCAGGUGUGAGCAACAGUAUGUUUGGUCAUAUGACAACUGUCUCACAUACGGAGCCUGUGACGACAUCAUUGGAGGGACAUGUGGUUGCAUCAACAGUCUUCCUACCAACGGGCAGUACUGCCAGCCACAGACAGCCCCUCCAGUUGUCUAUGAUUACCUGGUUUCUAUUGAGCUGAACACCACAGAUGUUGGUGUCAGAGACCUACUGAGGAGCAUCAGUUACCCGAUCAGCAUUACCGACACCAUUCUAGUCUCUGACUUAAAUAUUUCUACACUUUGCUAUCCGAGCAGCGCUGGUUACCAGUGCAGAUGUGAGGACCAGUAUCGUUGGUCAUGUGACCAGUGCUUCAAAUACGGAUCCUGUGACAACAUCACCGAGGACACGUGUGGAUGCAUCAGUGGCAUUCCCCCUGAUGGACAACACUGCCAGUCUGCUGAUCAGCACAGUAAGUCACUGCCAGCUCUGUGUCUCAAUGCAGAAACCCUUUUUUAACUUUUUGUUAAAAUGUUAAUAAGAAUAGUACUUUCAAUAAAACACAUAGACGGGCCGGUGCUGAAGAAUAAUGUCCACAUUCCAACUUCUCUCACAUCAAAACUGUUCCCUCAGUAAGUACCAUUCUAGUUGCUUGCCGCUGCUGCUAAAAUCCACCUGAUACAGAGUGAAUGAAUGAAUGAGGAAAUGAAAGCGCGCUGUGUGAUUGG